CCCUCCCCUUCUUUCAUUCACGGCAGUCGAGAGGGAGGAGUCACUAUAAGUAGCGGCGGGAGCGGUUGUAAGAGAGCGCAACGCGAGGUCGCCCGCUGUGAGCCUUUUUUUUUCUUCCCCCGGCGCUGCCAUCCUCGCGGCAGGUCCCGCUUCGCUUCCCAACUCCGGGUCUUCUUCGGCGUCCCUUUUUUUGCUUUCCCCUCUCUUCUUAAUCUAAACCGGCUGUAGUAGAAAUAUCCCCGGCAGACGAGCUAGGUUCAGUUGAGAAGAUGUCUUGCCAGAAAGUUAUCCAUUUUGGGCAGCAGUUAUUUCGUCGGAAAGUGGUAGACUGUACAAGCAACGACAGCCGGUUCUCGCGGUGCCUCAACACAUUUGACUUGGUUGCCCUUGGAGUAGGCAGCACUCUUGGGGCAGGGGUUUAUGUUCUGGCUGGAGCAGUGGCACAAGAAAAUGCAGGACCUGCCAUUGUCAUUUCCUUUCUGAUUGCAGCUCUGGCUUCUGUGUUGGCUGGACUUUGCUAUGGAGAAUUUGGUGCUAGAGUUCCAAAGACUGGAUCAGCGUAUCUCUAUAGUUAUGUGACUGUUGGUGAGCUGUUGGCAUUCAUUACUGGAUGGAAUCUAAUUCUUUCUUAUGUCAUUGGAACAUCAAGUGUAGCCAGAGCUUGGAGUGCAACAUUUGAUGAGCUUAUAGGCGAGCAUAUUGAGAAAUUCUUUGGUCGCUACAUGUCUAUGAAUGUUCCUGGUGUGCUAGCAAAAUACCCAGAUGUCUUUUCUGUUUUCAUUAUCCUAAUCUUAACAGGGCUUCUGACUUUUGGUGUGAAAGAAUCUGCAAUGGUUAACAAAGUGUUCACUUGUAUCAACGUCCUUGUCUUGGGCUUUGUGAUGGUGUCAGGUUUCGUGAAAGGGUCAAUAAAAAACUGGCAGAUCCCAGAAAAUAUUUCACUUCCGGAGAAUUCCACACAGGAUCUGCCGCAUGGUGUUGGUGGGUUUAUGCCAUAUGGUUUUUCUGGAGUUCUUUCAGGGGCAGCUACGUGCUUUUAUGCAUUUGUGGGAUUCGACUGUAUUGCCACCACAGGUGAAGAAGUAAAAAAUCCCCAGAAAGCUAUUCCAAUAGGCAUAGUGGCCUCACUUCUGAUCUGCUUUGUUGCAUAUUUUGGGGUGUCGGCUGCUCUUACUCUCAUGAUGCCUUACUAUCUGCUCGAUAAAAAUAGCCCACUGCCAGUUGCUUUUAAGUAUGUGAAAUGGGACGGAGCAAACUAUGCGGUUGCUGUUGGGUCCUUAUGUGCUCUCUCUACAAGCCUGCUUGGAUCCAUGUUUCCAAUGCCUCGGGUUAUUUAUGCGAUGGCAGAAGAUGGAUUACUAUUCAGAUUUUUGUCUCGUAUCAAUGAGCGGACAAAAACCCCAAUGUUAGCUACAAUAACCUCAGGAGCUGUUGCAGCUGUCAUGGCCUUUCUCUUAGACCUCAAGGAUCUUGUAGACCUGAUGUCUAUUGGGACACUUCUAGCUUACUCCUUGGUGGCUGCCUGUGUCUUGGUACUAAGAUACCAACCUGAGCAACCUAACUUGGCAUAUCAAAUGGCUAGUACUACAGAGGAGACAGACACAAAUGAGUCUGUAAGCACAAGUGAAUCUCAAACUGCGUUUCUGCCGGAAGAGGGAGAGAAAUUAUCCUUAAAAGUUAUCGUCCUCCCCCAAAAUACAGUCCCUUCCAAACUUUCUGGGUUUAUAGUGAAUGUCUCUACUUGUGUCAUAGGUUUUCUUAUUGUCAGCUUCUGUAGCUUGGCUGUCCUUGCCAAGGAGGUUCUGAUCAAAGGAGCACCGUGGGCCAUUAGCAUGCUUGUUGUCAUCUUCCUCAUCUGCUUUGUUUUCGUGGUCAUCAUUUGGAGGCAACCUGAAAGCAAAACCAAACUCUCAUUUAAGGUCCCUUUUCUCCCUGUCCUUCCAAUCCUGAGCAUCUUUGUCAAUGUUUAUCUCAUGAUGCAGCUGGAUUGCGGCACCUGGAUAAGAUUUGCCAUCUGGAUGGUCAUAGGCCUGGUGAUAUAUUUUGGCUAUGGCAUAUGGCACAGCGUAGAGGCAUCUUAUUCAGCAUCAACAGAUCAAGAAAGAAGUAUGGAUAACAAUAUGGAUACUUGUAAAUGACAGCCUUCUUGCUCAGGAGGUUAUUGAGAUCACUACUACUGCACAGCAGGAUACUUUUCUCACCCAAAUUCUGAAUAUAUAUUUUUUUUUGGUAGAAUAUCUGGCAGGCUCUCAUGUCCCCUUUUAACAUGGGGAUGCAGCUGGGAGAGAUCACAAGGAAAAAAAAUACUUAGCCUCUGAUGUACUCCCAACAACACUGUUACUUCUUGACAACAGCUAUUUCUCUUCUUGACUCUUCGAAUAGAAAUUGCCUUUCAGGGUGCCAGUUUACUUCCAAUGUUCCUGUGAGAAUAAGAUUCUCUAGCUUGCGAAUUAAUUCCUGGCUACUGGAAUGGAGCACACUUUAUACUGUUUCUCCAAAAUCACCUAUAUUGCAGCACCAGAACUAAACUAAAGCAAACCCAAACCAAACCAUACAUACACUCUCAUUACAUGUUUAUAAACUGUACCCACUUCCCAAGACUGGAAUGAAAAAAAAAAAAGGAGUGGUGCUAUUUAAGCAUUGUGCUUUACAUAUUUAAAGAGGAGUGAUGCCUGAGUUUUAGCAUCCAGUGUUACAACAAUCUCCUUUAGCAAAGGUGGACAAACCAGGCUUCCUGCAGCCCUCGGAGGCUUCUGUGCAACCUGCUAGCUGAAUUCCUCUCGUGUGCUUCAAACAACUGUGUAGAUAUGAAGCAGAGUCUGUUGCUUAUGAUAGAACUGCUGUGUAGAAAGUAUGACUUUCAGCUUUGCAGAUUUGCCAAAUCAAGGGCAAUUGCUUGCUUGGGAUGCUGUUCACAUUUCAGCUCAAGACAGUCCUGGUCAAAGGCAGCCUUGCCCAUGCUUGUAUUUCAACACAAUAUUGUGCAGUAACUCAUUGAUACGCCCUGUGGCUGAGAAAAGGCAACAGUUUCCUGUAAUAAAGAUGGAAUUAAUAAAGGAAAAUAUUUGUAGCUCAGGGUUGACACGAGGGGUCCUUGGUGGUCUUUGACCUUGCUUGUUUUCUUUCAUUACCCAAACUAGGUAACAUUACUAAUGCUAAUCUAGUCUAUGUUACUUAGUUUGGGCAAUGAAACUUCCUCAAGGAAACAAGCUCAGAGAGCACCAAGGACCCCUCUAAGAUGAAAUUGAACACAGGGUUCUUGGGUCAAACUCCAGCAUUGUCUUUACUGUUAUGUUUGAAAUAAUAUAUUUAAAGUUAAUAUUUUAUUGAAGGAGGGUUGUGACAAAGGCAGCUUUUCUGGUACAGAGUAGGAGCCACCCUUAUAUUUUGCUUGGAGAAUAUUUGGGACUAGAAUAUAAAUUUCUCCUCUUAUCCUGUUAGCGCUGAUGUUUCCAAAUAGGCCACCGGGUUUAAAAUUCAAAUUUGGAUUAUUUCAUCUGUUAGGCAUGGAUGGGACAGGGGAGACCAUAAAAGUAUCUAUCAAAGGGAGAAUCACCUCCUUCUAAAAAUGUGGUUUUUCCAAAGGGAGGGUAAAAUGUCUAUACAGCCAUCAAAUAAUAUUGAUGCUUACUGUUUUGAUAUUCUAGUAAAUAGUGUAGAUUGUUAUUGUACUUUUUUCUUUUACACUGUUAAUCUCAGAGGCUUGAAUUUAUUAUUACUUGUUCGUGGUAUUUAUGUCUAGCUCCUUGAUGUGUUGUAUUUGAGCAAGCUAUAUGGAAAAGAAUAGCACUUAGAAGAAAGGGAAAUCAUUUUGCUUCUUUUUGUGUGAGGAAAUUUAGAAGGAGGGUUAUUUAUUUAUGGCGCUCCCUAUGUUUUGUCCAAGUUGUAUCCUAGUGAUAAAGUUAUUAGAUAUGAAUUUUGACUCAAGGUUUUCUCAUCACCUUGGUGAUUUCUGAAAUUUUAGUGGUGACAUCUACCUGUCCAGAAGGUUAGACAGCUUCUGCAGACAGUGUUCACCCAGCUGGACCAAUAACUCGAUACAGAGCAGUUUAUUGUAUUUGAUACUUCUGCAACUUCCUUUUGCCAUCACAAAAGUCUGUGAAGGCUACAAUUAUAAUGAUGAGGGUGUUCAUUUUAAAGGGCUUCAGCGUUGAACAGUUGAGAAAUGCACAACUUAGUUUGAAUCAACUAGACCUUCCCUAAGUAAACUGGCCAAGCUGCUCAAGGUGAUUUGGGAAGCUCUCAGGGCUGGCUAGAAAAUGUUCCUUUCAUAUGAAAAUGUAUAUGUGACUUGAAAAUAUCUAAAACUUUGUUUUUGGGUUUUUCUGGAUGGAAUCCCACCAGGUCACAUGAAUCCUUGUUUUAGAGUCUGUGAGGAGUGAGAUGGAGCUUGCUUUGAACUCUUCAUUCUUUGCUGAAUCAACCUUUGUGGAUUGUUUCAUUCAUGACAAAAGUCCUUUGCAUAAAUAUCUUCUGCAUGGUCACAUUUCAUAUCAUCCAUGCUAAUUUUAAUCUUUUACUUAUUAUAAAAAAAAACCUUAUUACAUGGACGUCCAACUUUUUGGCUUGCCAGGGCCGCAUUGAGUGAAGAUGAUUUGCCUUGGGCUGCAUAUAAAAUAUAUAAUAUAGUUAGAAUAUACAAAUCCCAUAAUAAUGUUAAAAGUUUAUGAUCUUGUGGGGUCGCAUUACUAGCUGCCCAGGGCCACAUACAGGCUGCCGGCCCAGGUUGAACAUGCCUGCCCUAAUACAUCAUUGUCUUUGAAAAUGGCCUAGAAGGAUGCUGUCAGAUUUUCUAUAAAAGUCAAAUUACUCAGUCAUUAAAAUUCAAUUUGAGAAGGGUCCCUAGAUAAUUUUUGGAAGUGACUUAUUUCCCUUGCACUUUUGUUCUUCUUAAGUAGAUAAAUCCAUACUGUGUGUGUGGGCAGUUGAUGAAACUGAAAGCAGCCCGAAGAAUGUGAUUUUCAAUUUGGCAAUUGCAUUUCCAAAGGGACAGUAAAUCCAUACAUUAUAAUUUAGUAUGGUUGAAUUGCAGUGUUUAGUCCAAUUCAUUUUUAAACUUAUAGGUAGACCUUGACUUAAUGACCACAAUUGGGACUUAAAUGUGAUCAUUUAAAAAGUCAGCAUGUGACCAGAUCUGAUUUUAUAACCAUUUUUACCUGGUUGUUAAAUGAAUUAUGCAGUUAUUAAGCAAAUUUGUCUUCUAUUGAUUUCACUUGUCGGAAGCUGGUUGGGAAGGUUGAAUUGUGAUCAUGUGACCACAGAAUGCUGCAACUGUCUUCAGUCAUGAUCACAUGACUGGGCAACAGUUGUAACUUCAAGGACAAGUCAUAAAUUACCUUGUUCAGUGCCAUGAAUUUGAACAGUCAUUAAAUGAAUGGUUGCAAGUUAAGGGCUACCUGUACUAGGAAAAAUAGUAUUAGAAAAAGCCUUCAACACUGGGCAUCAUGUUUGGUUCUGUAUGGUAGAUACAUGCAUGCAGUAAAAAGAUGUUCCUUUUCAGAUGUGGCAUUUAAGGAAAUGAUUUUGGAAGGAAAUCCUGUCAUGUGCAAAGGAACCUUUAAAAAAGUUUUUCACACACACAUCACUAGUGGAAAAGAUCACAGAUUAACAAUCAUGGUUCUCAAGUCUCAUCUUCAACUGUCAUAAUUUUGGAAGCUGAAGUCCACUACAUCCAAAUGACACCAGGAUGAGAGACAUGGUUCUAAGUAAGGUUGAUAACAUAUCCAAGACUUGAAUGGGUUUUGCUUUUCCUCUCACUUGAGAUUCAACAACAGGAGAUGUUAGGCCUGGGAAAAAGUUUUCUUGGAGAAAGACUUGCCGAGAACUUCUUGUGGGAUAUUCUCAUUAUGACUAGCUGCUUUUUUCUCCAUGGAGAUGUUUAUAGUUCCUAGUGGUAUUCAGAGACUAAGGCAGGGAGCAGGGAGCAACUCUGGACCAGUAAAUAUAAAACCCCCAAACAGGGAGCCCUUUUGCUUCUAGUAUUGAAACCUCAAUGGAGAAACAUGCAAAAGAUUGAGGUCUAAUGGUGAAAACCUAAAAGCUGCUGCUGUAAGUUUGCUAGAGUGAAGAAUAAGACUACCAUUUAUUUGAGCUCAUCUUUGUAAUUAUGUGAAUAACUAUUAUUAUUUUAAUAUUAGGAUUGUUUUGUAUAGCUGCUGUAUAAAAUCCUAUUCUAUAGUGUUUCUCAAAACACGGCUUCCUCAAAGAAAAUGUGCAGUUUUUCUUAGUAGAGGAAGGGCUUAUCAAUAAUUGUGGUUUUGAAUCUAAAGAAGUCGCUAGUACUUUCAGGAAUUGCUUACUUUAAAAUCUUACUAAGUUUUUAUUAGCCUAAAGCCAAAUUUGCAAACUCGGUGUGUGCAGAAGUUUUUUU